GGCCCUAGGGAAGGGGAGGACUUGCUAUACACCCUACUCCAACAAACAUAAUAAAAAACUUUUUUUUUCUGACGGAGCAAACCCCGACCAAUCGUGCUGGACCUUUUUGUCAGGAGUACUUUUUUUUAAGCAAGGAAGGACUUCCUCCAGGUUCGCUGCUGGGCGGCUACCGCAGCUAGGUGACACGUAACUAAAAUUAAAAGUGCUGUUUACGGUUUAAGGCCUCUUAAUCUAAAAUGAAAUCGAGAUUUAUCGUUAAGCUUAUUUGCAAGACGUAGUGCUAUGCUGGUUAUAGACUCUAACGAGAACCAAAAGCUGAUAUAUUUUAAAACUGUUGCAGCCUUUAGAUAUUUCACAAGUUGAGAGAAGUCCAUGUAAGUUGGGUUGUGUUGGAGUUUUUUUUCUGCAUCCUAAUAAAGGACGUGUCAUGCACGCAGAGGAUUUUGUCCAAUUUGGUUCAAAUCCCAUAAUUUAAUGAGGGAGAUCGGAGUGGAACGAUUUAUCCCAGUACUUAAAAGCCAAGUGGAAAGUUUGGUGGAUCCAAAAGUUUGGGAAUCUCGGCAGUUGACCGCGCAGUCAGCGGGGUUUGUAAGGCGAUCCAACAUGGGCAACGGGGUAUGCUCUAGAAAACAGCGAAAGAUUUUCCAGUCGCUUUUGUUCAUCACAGUAGUUUUUGGACUAAUAUACGGCGGCAUGGUGUCGUACGAAAUGCAUAAGCAGCUGAAGAGGACGGAGGCUAUGGCAUUAAAGUACCAACAGCAUCAGGAGUCCCUGUCGGCUCAGCUUCAAGUUGUAUAUGAGCAUCGAUCCCGGCUGGAGAAGUCUCUGCAGAAAGAGCGCCUGGAGCACAAGAAAGCCAAAGAAGACUUCCUGCUGUUUAAACUAGAGUCUCAGCAGUCAGUCAAUAAGGAGAAGCAAGAUGGCCAAAACAAGUUCAACUCCCUGCACUCUCAGCAUCAGAUGCUUAAGAACCAGCAUGAUGACCUAAAGAAGCAGUACUACGAGUUGCAGGAACAGCAUCAGGCCCAGGACCAAGAUCACAGCAAGGUCCUGAACGAACACGAGCAGAGGUUCGAUCACCUGCAGCAGACCAAAGAGCUGGAGAUCUCCAAACUGAAAGAAAGUGUGCAUUAUCUGCGGGAGGAGAAUAAGCAGUUGAGGAAAUCUCAUCAAGAGAUCCAUGUUCAGCUUCAAGAUACUAGACUGCAGCACAAGGACUUAAAAGCAGCCCAUGAACAGCUUGUGCUGACACUGGAGGACCACAAGAGUGCGCUAGCGGCAGCCCAGGUCCAGGUGGAUGAGUUUAAGCAUCUGAAGGAGACUCUGAAUAAGAUGCCCAGUCUGAGGCAGCCAGCGGAGAGGCAGCCACCCACAGUGGGUCUGCACACCCAGCCAGCCGGGCGUGACCGCAUCGCCCUGCCCGCCCAGCACCAAGCCGCGGUGGCUCGGCGACAUGAGGAGAACCCUGAGGGGGCAGAGGUGGAGGUAGCAAAGGCAGAUGAAACGAGGUCACGUGGGGCAGAUGAAGAGGUGGAUCCCGGUCAACACGAGCAAGCCAAGGAGCCAGACGAACGUCCGGAACGGAACCUGCCGGACGAGAAUGCAGUGGAACACAGGCAGCACGUCGAAGAGAAGGCUCCACCUGGGGUGGCGCAGGAGAAGUUGUUGUACGCGCAGGUGCAGGAGCAGCAGCGGUUGGCUGAGGAGCAGAAGCAGAGGGAGAGGGACCAGCAACAGCACAGGGACACGGAGCUUCGCGAACAGCAACUCCGGGAAGACCUGCACAGAAAUAGAGAACACUAUAACACCAUGGAUUCUGGCGUUGUCCAUGGUGAUGAGCACCCACAGGCUGAGGGUGAAGCAGAGGGUGAUGAUCUACAAGAUGAAGAGCAGAGGUUUGAUGGAGACCAGCAAGUGCCUCAGGAUGAACACCACAUGGAAGCAGAGGUUGAUCCAGCAGAUGACCCCAACAACCAGGGAGAGGAUGAGUUUGAGGAGGCUGAGCAGCAGGUCCAUGAGGCAGAGGCUGAUGAAGAGCCCGUUCCUCCUGGCCACCCUGACAGACACAGUGAGCACCAGCAUCAGCCUCCUGCUGAUGAACAGCUGGUGAUGGCAGGAAACACAGACCAGCAGGAAGAUAACUUGGACGAGCAGUAUCAGGAAGAGGGAGACGAUGAGGCUCAGGAUGAGUUGGCUGAGGAGCAGAAGCCAGAAGAGAUUGGAGAGGAAGAGGCGGACCCUUACAAUGAGGAGAAUGGAGAGCAGGAUGAUGCCAGAGAAGAGCAGGAGGUGGAGCAUAAGGACAGACAGCCUGACAAAGGCCCCAAUGAGGAGGAGAACUAUGAAGAUGAAGAGGAGGAGCCAGAGGAAGACACCAAUCACAGGGCAGAGAUGUGAACAGGAAUGUGAGAGUAUGGCCAGUCACAUCCUACUUCCUCUGUACAACUCUCCUCCUUUCUUUUAGUUGAAUACAGCAGUGUGAAGCAGAGACUGCAGGUCUACAGGGAAUGGAAUAUACUUCCCUCUGCUUGAGUUUUAAAAGGACACAUGCAAACCUAAGGCUGCACAGACCAUCUGUUUAUAAACCAACCAGCAACCUGCUGCUCUCUCUGCAGUAUACUGUAUAUCUUAACUGGGCCUUUUUUUGUUAGUGUUUAAUUCUAAAUAAAACACUGUUAGAUUAGGUGGUUUAGGAAUCAGAUCUGUUUGGUCAUAAACAGGAAAGAUUUGACCAGAAUGCAUUCUGCUCAAAGAAUCUGUGGUUGAAGUGCAUUGAUGAUUUUUAAAAUAUUUAAUUCUUUUCUUGUAAGCAUCAUUUUACUAUUUUUUUGUUUCUUUUUGCUGGUUGCUGGUCAUUUCUUGAAAAUGGAGUCAGAUGUUGGAUUAUCCUAAGGACUUUUUCUGUCAACAGUGCUGUUCUAGAUUGUGUGCAAACUCACUACAUGAAUGUUAUAUUCGGCAAAUGGAUGCAGAUGCUAUUGACUUUUGCUUUCUACUGCUUCUCCAUUUAUAAUUAUUUAUAAUUAUCUAAUGUGAAUGAGUCUGUUUAGUCCAUUUUUUGAGAUUUGCAAUUUGGCAGUUGAUUUGAUCACGGUAUCUAACUUUUUGGUCUUUUGCUGAAGUCUUGAUAAAGUGCAAACAACACUGUACCGCACUUAUAGUCGUGACUUGAGACUUGGACUCUGCUGUCUGUCAGUCUUUCUCAUCUGAACUGGGAAUGUUAACCUUCUCCUUCCCUGACAUUCAUGCCCAGAUCCUUCCCCUGCUUGUUUUGCUGUGUCAUAUCAGCUAUGGCACUCUCCCUCUCACUGACAGUCUGUUGGUCUCUCCCUCUCACUGACAGUCUGUUGGUCUCUCCCUCUCACUGACAGUCUGUUGGUCUCUCCCUCUCACUUGACGGUCUGUGGCUCACAUCAGGCAAUUGUUCGGUAUUUUAUUUUGCCUGUUUUCCUCAUUCCCUUCUGUAUCAAAUGCAACUACAGAGAUGCAAGCUACCAAUUCCUCCUUAUUCAGCCACAACAGCAUUAGAGAUUUUUUUUAAAUUAUUUUUACUUUUACAUAAUGAGAUACAUUAAUGACUCAUCAUGCAGUAUUACUGUUUACACCAUGCAAAGACCUUUUAAUGUUAAAAUAUCUAAUAUUAAUAAUAUAAAUAUCAAUGUUUCCCAUUCAGGUUUCAAAGUCUUUAUUGUUAGCACUGAUCCAGGUAUAUACUUGGUGCAAAAAGCUUUAGUUUACAACAAUUCCUUACUCUGAUUUAGUUUAGCAUGAGCCCACAUACUGGCUAUCUUUAUGCAUUAGACAUGCUAGCAUUUAUGGGGUGAAAAGUUAUUUUUUUAGCUUGUAUAUUGAGUAGCUUAUAUACUCAAUAACCAGCCCAGUGUCCUUUUUCCGUUCUGGUCACCUGACAGUUCUGGAUUUUUUGUGUAAUUAUUUGGUACUGUGUUCUGACAAUGAUUAACAGACAGAGGAUGCCAUCUUUGAGAUCUGUGUAUGUAUGGAAAUUCAAUUUGCUGAUAGGAGUUACUGUUUUGUGAAGAAUUAAAGUAUUUGAGAGGGAAAAACAGUGCAUUUGUUCAUUUUGAAUGUAAGAUUUAUUUUGUAAAGUAUUCUUUUUAUUAUGAAGAAUUUUUUUUUUCUUUUUUUUUUUUUUUCUUCUUCUUCCAAUAGAUUUGUCUUUGAUUAUUUAUCAUCAUAAUAUUGCAAGAACAAUCUUUUGGGUAAUUGUUCAUCUGUUUAAUACACUGUAUUAAAUAA